AUGUCCAUAUUCGAGAGACACCAUUUUAGUCCGAUCGCUGCGCCAGCCAGGACACUCUGGAAUUUCACGAUCCCUGCUCUAGCGUUGGGCCAUGCAGCACUUGCACACGCAAUGCUGGCUCUCGGAGCGUUGCAUCUUGCAAAGUUGAACAACACCUCCGAGAAUCCUGCGAUCAAGCAUUUUACCUACGCCGUCCGUCGAGUCGGGAGGCUGUUGGGGCUCCCUCAACGACGCCACGAAACUCCGACCCUCGCGACAGUUAUGCUUCUUGGGUAUUACGAAGUUGUGGCGGGUGAUCACUCGCGCUGGAAUCUUCACUUAUCAGGCGCUGCCAGGCUGGUGUUGGAGCAUGACUAUGCUGGCUUAACCCGUACUGCAAGGCGAAUGCGCCACGGUGCGAAGGCGAGACUGAGCCAGUGGACAGCUCAAUUUGCCUUGACGGAGGAGAAUUACGCUCGCGUGGCGGGCAUCCCGCUUGCCCUCCUCGAUGAUGCUGACUGGGAGGUCGACCAAGCACUGAUUUCUCGGCUGCUAGGCGUUCGCGUGGACUAUGACCAUCAAUAUCAACCGAACUUUAGCCUACGCGCGACUUCAUCAACUCUCAGUGAGAAAGAUGUGGAAGAACUGAAGACGAAGAUGAGUUUGAGAUGGUGGUAUUGCAAGCAGGACGUCUUCCAGAGCAUGGUCUCUGGUGAUCCACCACUAAUGGCUCUCGAAAACUGGAUGUACUGUCCGCCCAGAGGUCAAUUCGGACGCGCCGAUGCCCCAUAUGCCACAUUCGAUCACUUGCUGCUUGUUAUGGCACGUCUGUGUGAUUUUGGAGGCAAAGAUCGAAGGCGGAAGCAGAAAGCGGUAGCUGCUCAAGGUGGACAAUGGAGACCGCCACCAUGGCUGUUUGGAUCGCAGAGGCCGCCCAUGCCACCCGGUGGCCAUGGUGGUCCGGGCUCCUCCAAGUCAUCUUCAGGCUCGCUCGCUGGCCGGGCUCCUGCUUCCGCCACACCGGCAGGAGCUCAGGAUGGAACAAGAUCCACUCCUCCGAGUGCGAAUGAGGGUAGGGCCAGGCAAAGCAAACCAAGCGCACCCGGUGGAAUAGUGCCAGGACCCAAGCAAGGCGCAAGUCCACCCAUGCUAGGGAUGAUGCCACCACCAGCGGAGCCUCCAGAGCUGGAUUCGGCUUUUCAAUCGAUGGAUGCAAGCAUCAAGGAUCCCGCCUUUGCCGUCGUGCGCGAGCACAAGGAAUCCAGCCCGCCCACGAAUCUCGAGGAUGACACUGCAAGAGCCAUGGCCGAAUACGAGGAAAUCACGAAGGCGUUUGAUCUCUUCGCGCAAUCACUGGGUCCGGAUUUUGAAGCGCUAAACGACAGCUCAAACCGCAUCUCUUCACCGUUCGGGCCAGCACUGGUGUACAAAAAUGCGGCGAUUGCUUGCGUGUGGGCGUGCUACUAUAUGGCGCGUAUCUCACUCCAACGAUUACACCCUGAGAUGCCGCCGGCCGCGAUGGUGGCUGCGGGUGUAACCGCACACCUCACCCACGACUACGCGCAGAAGGUGGGCAAGAUAUGCGCCGGGCUCUACGCAACGCAGCACUAUGGCCAGACUGGUGCUCUCGAUCCCAGCUUUGCCGGUGCGUUGAUGGAGAGUACCUUCUUCCUGCUCUUUGCUGGGGUCCAGUAUACCGACGCGGCACAGCGCGGGUGGACAAUCAGCAAGCUUAAGGACGUCGAACGGCGAUGCGGAUGGCGUACGUCUGGAGCUAUCGCCGCAGGGUGUGAGACUGCGUGGGAACGCAUGGCGCAAGCCGGAAGGGGACCUCCGUAUGAACGACGGCGAGAUAUUCGGAACUUGGACUCUCGGGUGAGCGGCAUCUCACUUCGAUCAGACACCUCAUCGCCUCAGAGCGGACAGCAUUCAGAUGUCGCUGCUGAUCAACACGAAUCCGAAUUCGUCAAUCAUGACCGCAGCCUCAUUGACCGAUCAAGCUCCACUCGAGUUCACUGGGCACUUGGCUUACUCUCGGUGGAGGAGGAUAUCAAGAAGAUGACAUUGGACGACGACUAG